AUGGAUUCACAGGACACCUUUUUCCGGUCUUCGGACAUGAGCUUGACCCAGCUUUAUAUUGUCAACGAGGUUGGAAGGGAGGUCGUGAGUGCUCUAGGAGAGAUUGGGCUGUUACAAUUUAGAGAUCUAAAUCCAGAAACCAACCCCUUCCAACGGACAUUUACAAAAGACAUACGUCGCUUGGAUAACGUUGAGAGACAGCUACACUACUUCCACUCCCAGGUGGAGAAGGCAUCUAUUCCAAUACGGCCAUUAUCCGAUUUUGGGGAAGAGUUGGCAUCCCCUUUGGCUUCAGAAAUCGAUGAAUUGGCUGGGAGUAGCGAUGAUCUCGAACAGCGGAUUGUGUCUUUGAACGACAGCUACAACGCCCUGAAGCAACGUGAGGUCGAGCUUAUUGAAUGGCGUUGGGUCCUUCGUGAUGCUGGCGGCUUUUUUGAUCAGGCGCACACUCAUGCAGAAGACAUACGCCACUCGUUCGACAAUGACGAAGCACCUCUUCUUCGUGAUGUCGAGCAACGCACUUCCCGCACCGUGGACGGCGAUACCCAAGGCCAACAAAGGUUUUCGGAGUUGAACAUCGGCUUUAUUGCUGGCGUUAUCCCACGGGAGCGCCUCGGAACCUUGGAACGCAUCCUCUGGCGGACACUACGCGGUAAUCUUUACAUGAACCAGUCCGAGAUACCGGAAGCUAUCCUUGAUCCUAUAAGGAAUGUGCAAACCCAUAAGAAUGUGUUUCUGAUUUUUGCCCAUGGCAAAAAUGUUCUCGUCAAGAUUCGCAAAAUUUCCGAAUCGCUAGGAGCUUCUUUAUACGGAGUCGAUGAGAAUACUGAACUAAGGAAAGACCAGAUAGAUGAGGUGAACAAACGUCUAGAUGAAUUUGUUGAAGUGUUGCGUAACACCGAACGCACUCUCGCAGACGAGUUGUCACGAAUCGCGCAGUCACUCGCAGCUUGGAUUUUCAUCGUGAAGAAAGAAAAGGCGGUUUAUCAUACAUUAAACAAGUUCUCAUAUGAUCGGGCACGAAAAAUGCUGAUUGCCGAAGCAUGGUGCCCGACAGAUUCCCUCGCUCUGAUCAAGUCAACCCUUCAGGAUGUCGACAAUGGUGCUGGAACCUCUAUGCCUACCGUUCUCAACGAAGUCCAAACUAAUCGGACUCCACCAACCUACGUUCGGACCAAUAAAUUUACCGAAGCGUUCCAGACCAUCGUCAAUGCCUAUCGUACGCCAAAUUAUUCGGAGGUCAAUCCAGGGAUUUACAUGGUCGUGACUUUUCCAUUCCUUUUCGCGGUUAUGUUUGGUGAUUUUGGACAUGGUGCCUUGGUAACCAUGGUUGCAGCUGCAAUGAUCUUCUGGGAGAAGAAGCUGCAGCGAACUAAACUUGACGAGCUUUCCUAUAUGGCAUUCUACGGACGAUACAUUAUGUUAAUGAUGGGUCUAUUUUCAAUGUAUACCGGCCUCAUAUACAACGACAUAUUCUCCAGGUCUUUCACUAUAUUCUCCAGCCAAUGGGAAUGGCCCAAAGAUAUUGAACCUGGCCAAACUGUUGAUGCAUCAUUGAAAGAGGGCUACCGAUACCCCAUAGGUCUAGACUGGAACUGGCACGAGGCAGAGAACUCCUUGCUAUUUUCAAACAGUAUGAAAAUGAAGAUGGGUAUUCUCCUCGGUUGGGCCCAUAUGACCUACGCUCUGUGUCUCCAAUACAUUAAUGGGCGACAUUUCAAGUCCCAGGUUGACAUUUGGGGUAACUUUAUACCAGCUAUGCUGUUCUACCAGUCCAUCUUUGGGGCCGUGGAGAGAGCCCCCCCUAGUCUUCUUAACAUGUUAAUCUUCAUGUUUCUGAGCCCCGGAACGGUCCAGGAACAACUCUAUCCAUAUCAGGGUACAGUGCAAGUGUUGUUGCUCGUCAUUGCUGCCAUGCAAGUACCUGUCAUGCUUUUGUUCAAGCCACUAUACCUUCGUUGGGAGCACAACCAUGCCGGUGCCCUAGGGUAUCGUAGCCUUAGUCACCAGACUGCCGCCGAUACUCUGGGAUAUGACAGCGACAUAGGCGAAGGGAUUAGCGGAAGUCGUAGCUGCAUGGCUGGUGAUAGUGGUGCCAUGGCCCUAAUGGCCCGGGAUACCUCCGAUGACGAUGACCCUGAAGAGUUUGACUUCUUCGAUAUCAUGAUUCACCAGGCCAUUCACACUAUCGAGUUCUGCCUUAACUGUAUCUCACACACUGCCUCCUACCUGCGUCUUUGGGCCCUUUCCUUAGCCCACCAGCAACUUUCAAUUGUACUCUGGGCCAUGACUCUGGGCUCUGCUUUUGAAGAAGAGAGCCCCAGAAGUCGAGUGAUAAUGAUCGUUAUCAACUUUUACCUCUGGUUUACCCUUUCUGUUAGCAUCUUGUGUGUUAUGGAAGGAACCAGUGCUAUGUUGCACUCGAUGCGGCUGCAUUGGAUUGAGGCAAUGAGCAAGCAUUUCAUUGGUGAGGGUACACUAUUCUCACCGUUCAGCUUCAACACCAUUCUUGAAGAAGACCCUGCGGUCUAA